AUGCUUUCGUCGAGAGUCUUGAUAAUUUCUACGCCAACGUCCUGGAAGCUGUUCUUGGGAAGCGGGGGAGCUCUCAAUCCGAUAAUUCCGUCUACGAAAGUCGGCGCCGUUCCCCGUUCAGGAUCUUCGAAGGCCAUUGAAGUUUCAUUCAAAUCAGUCCAUCUCGAGUUGAAAUCGGCCUCUGUUGUACUGAAAGCAGGUACAAUCGAUUCAAUCGUAGUGGUUGGUUCAGUGGUAGACGGCUUUUCUGAUGAGGUCGAAGAUGUCGGAGUUUCUGACGUCGUUGUUGAAAGAGUUGUCGAUGGAGAACUGGAUUUAGAUUCUGUUACGGUUACUGUGAUGGUCGUAGAUUCUGUUGCAGCCUCUGUGGUGGUUGUAGAUUCUGUAGUAGACACUUCUGAAGCUUCUGUCACCAGUGCUGUGGUUUCAGGCUCUACUGCCACCGUUGUAUUCUGA